AUGAAUCAUCAUCCUAAGAAUUUCUUUGAGAGGAGGUCUCCGGGAAGCAGUUCACUACAUUUCCUGAAUACUCUCAGAUCUAGAUUUCGUCCGGUAGUGUCGCCAUGCGGUUCAUAUUUGGCGUACAUUUUUCAAUUACAAGAUCAGUACAAGCUUAUUGUUAGAUCGAUUGAAAAUAACAGUUACUCAAUUAUUCUUGAAAAGAAUCUUAGCAAAUUGCUGCAGAAAAUUGAUUUAAAAAAGCAUGAAAAUGAUGCACCAAUUAACAAGGUCGAGGAAUUUUUGGAGCGCCAUUCCAUAAAAGGCUCAUUCAAAAUGAACAAUGGCGCUAAAGAAAUCCCUAAACCUAGGGAUGAAACAACUACCAACAACAAGCAUGACUUUCAAUUACUGUGGGAAUUAAACAAUAAUUAUUCGUCUAGGUGUUAUAAAAUCUCCGUUCUUGAUAAAGUAUUCAAUACCAUUCAUGUGUUCAGCGUUGCCAAUAAUGAAUUCCAACUAUCAAUAAAUGGUGAUACUCGAAAAGACUUUCGAAUGAUCAAAACUGAAUGGAUUGGUGAUCCUCACGGAAAGAACGGUUGUAACUUUCUAGUAAUAUUCUAUGAAUUUGAUUUGGUUUGCAAAAUUUUAAAGAUUGAUGAUUCACCAGCACGUUUCGUAUAUGAAUUCCCCAAGCCUCAAAGUCUGGAAAUUUUGAGACGUUCUACUACUUCUGGUAACAACGGUCCUGGAAUUAUCUCGAUAGGGCUGUCAGAUAGUGGAGUGAAAUAUAUUCGCCAUUUUACCAUUCUAAGGCGCCAAUACGACGUUGAAGAACUUGUUCCAAUGGGAAAAUUCAGAUUACCUAGAUCGCCAGCAUUUAUUUCUUGGUCGAUGACCGGCAAGUGGCUUUGUGUUGUUGAUGAAAUGAUUUCUCUCUAUAAUAUAUUUGGAAUUGGAAAAAUACCAAGCAGUAAUAUUGGUCACCCGAUAUUGCAAUGCGAAGUAAAAAUGGUGAACACCUUAUUGACAUGGGGGGUCAUGUCUCUAUCCGUACUCGGGCAAAAGAACGUUGAUAAUAAUCAUAAAGUGUUGGAAACUAUCAUUGAAUUGAUACUCUUAGGGGAUUUAGAAGAAAAUGUACGAAUUUACACUACGAAUUUGGGAAUUCUGGAGCUCAUGAUAUUGAAGCAUAGAAAUACGGUACUUUUAGAAGAUGCAUCCAGAGAAUUAGUAAUUUGGGAACAAGAUAUUACGGGCUCAAUGGAGAAAAUUACUGUAGGGGAAUCAUAUAUUAUGCCCCAAAAUUCCAAAGAGAGAGGAAUGGAAAUCAUUCAACAAGAGAACAAGAUAAAAUUUCAGGGAAUAAUGAAACUCAAAAAUCAAGAAUUUGCGAUUUCUUACGUCGAUUACCUCACAAAACUACAAAAUUUGGUGGCCACUAAAGCCAAAUCAAUUUCUAGAGCAGCAUUUAUUUGGAACAUUAAUAAUACUAAUUAUCCAUUGCUAAGUGUUGUUUACGCAUCCUCGGACAUCAGACAGCUAAAUUGGCAUCCAACAAUUCCCGGACUACUAUUAAUUAUCACCGAUGAAACCUUGAUUCUUUGGAAUUCACAUUGGUCGCGGCCUUUGGUGAUAAAGCCAAUAUCUUCAACUAUACCAUUAUCGGUGAAUUUUAAUCAUAAAAACCAUGAUACCGAUGAAGGAUUUUUUGGGAAAAUCUUGGAAGCUCAAUGGAUGAACGCCGUUCCAUCAUUAAGAAUAAUGUGUCGUGGAAUCAAAGAAUUCGUGAUUAUCGAAGUUCACCUUUCACAAAAACUUUGGGAACCAUUUAAAGAGUUUACAGCGGCAGUAUUGAAUGAUUGCGGUACUAUCAUGUCAAGUGAUCCUGAAAAUUUGGAGGAAGAAAACGUAUGGCUACCACAGGAAGAAGAAGAGGAUUUUGAUGAUCUGUCUUCUCAGUUAUUGAUUGAUGACGAUACCAACGCAGUCAAAAUUAUCAACGAUGUUCAACAAGGUGAAUGGGCUACUGCAAUAAAAACAAAUAAUGAAGAAGAUACAUUUCGUUUCAAAAGACGAAAAGGAGGACAGAGUUGA